GGGAACCCAACCCAAACGACCCAUAGCAUCCGGGCCUGAUGUCGCUGGUCGCCUACGACGCCUCCUCCGACGAGGAAGACGCCGGCGAGCCUCCGGCCGCCGCGGCGCCGUCGCCAGCACCCAUCGCCCCAUCCAUCGGGCCGCAGCCGAGGCCUCCGUCGCCUUCGACGUCGGCGGGCCCUGCUCCUCAGCCUACCCUGCCGUCGCUUGCUCCCAGCCAGAAUGUAUUGCCCACUAGUUCAAGUAAUGCCUCCCUGCCGACACCGUCACUAGACCUCCCAGAUGUUGUGGAUCUCUUUGCUCCCCCGUCUUAUCAGUCCUCUAGGGAGAGUGCAUCAAGGAAAAGGGAAUCGAAUGGAUCUGCUUUUCAUGACUCACGCAAUAAAUUUCCCAGGAUGCAAUCACAGCCCCGCAGUGCAGGGAAUGCUCUAGUACCACCACAGCUCCGUGGAAGGAGCAAUGUCGUUACUGAAGAUAUAAGCAAACUGUUUGCGGCUAAACGCAAAGAGUAGCAUUGAACACUAAACAAAUCUCUAUACGGGUUUCAUGAUUGGCACAUCUACUGGCCCCGAGGGAUGUGCGGGCAUGAUCGAAGGAUGGUAUGCAACCCAGAUUUGAAGAUAGCAGUGGAAUAUUAUCAUAGGACACAAGAAACAUGCCCUCUUUUCAUGGCAUUUAUCCGAUAUCUGUUUCUAUGGUGUUCACUUGCGGUUGCCUGGGCAACAAUGCCACAUGCCUGCUGUUAAAAACAUGUAACUCUGUUAAGGACAACUAGGGGCUGUCACUCUGUUUGGAGUUAGGACUAGAUGGUACUAGGUUUUUUUUGGGGGGAGAAGGUACUGGUUUUUAUUUGAUUGGGGCUUUAUCUGUUGUACUCUCUGUGACUGGCAGCUUUGCUUGGAGGAGAAAAUGCGUGCUCUUAUUCAUUCGUGCUCAAGUUUGUUGGGCUUAUUAAAAUAUGGUUUUUAGUGUUUACA